AAAUGUAGAAAAUAUCAGGUAUCAUUAUUGAUGCAUAUUUCAGGAAGUAUAUUUUGAAACAAAACAAAACAAAAAACUUUACUGCAAUACAGUUGAUAAUAACACUAUGAAAAUAUCCAGUAACAUUAGAAGGGAAAAAAAAUCCCAAAGCAUGCAAACUCUUGAAACAUUCAAAUUUCCUAAGCCAUUUUCUUAAAAUAUCUGAGGGCUCAACUUAAUGAACAAGGGCAGUUUCUAUCUGGUUAACAUUAUCAAUCAAAAUUUGGCAAAAAGGUUAAAAGAAUUUCUAAAAUAUGGCAGAUGCACAGAUGAUCACAUCAAAUCACAAGAGAAGUGAGCUAACACAAAAAUGCUUCUACAGUGGCUUUCAGCAUUUCUAAAAUAUUUUUUCCCGUCUUAAUACAAACAAAGUUUAUAGCUGUUCUUCCACAAAUUUGCUAGUGUUGGAAACUGAACGUUAAAGAGAGCAGAAGUCCAGUCUAAGUGCGCGGCUUGAUUCUCAGGAGUAUUUUUAGUUUUGCUCGGGGGAAGACAGUGCCGUUGGAGACGACACGGACUGCGUGGGGCAGGAGCUGGACAGGGGAAGGGCUGGGACUGGGGCUGGAGCCGGUCCAGCAGCAGUUCGGUUACAGUUUGCAGACAGGCGCCAAAAUUCAAAACACGCACUGUACUGUACAGCAGCUCCCAAGUCCGGCUGAAACAAAGAGCAGGAAACGGAUGGGGCAGGAUCCCACCUCCCUGCGAGCUGCGACAACAGGACCCUGGGAUUUGUAGUCUCUGCUGUCUGCUUCCUUCCCAGACUCGAUCAGAGAGCCGAGUUUCACGCGAAGUCGCACAUCCUAUCAUUAGAUCUCACUGGCAGUGACCCUCACGUAGAGAGGUUGUGCCUUUCAGAAAGCGCACGGGGACUGAUCUUGCUUCCAUUUUAGCUGUCACUCGUAAACACCCUCCGGGGCACCCACUGAUAGCCACAGCUCCACAGACUGGCGUGGAAAUUCCCACUCUUGGCUCUUGGUAGGAGGCGGAGGAGAAGGGGCACUCAGUGUUGUCCCGGGAGAGGUGAUGCCCGAGCAGGUGGGACAGGCACUCUGCUGUCCUGCAGCAGCCCGGACAAAUCCUUUUGUAUCAGCUGCACAUUCUGAGGCAAAUGCAUUCAGGUGAUGUAUGCAGUGAUUGCUAGAGAGACUUACAGCUAUUUGCCCUCAUGAAUAUUGAGCAUCCAGUAUUCCUGUGUUUAUUCCAAGGUUUUCCAGUUUGAGGUGUACUUGAUAUCAGGAUUUCACAUGAAGAUCAUUUUAGUUCAAUUUCAAGACCAAAUACCUACUACCUACAUUUUCAUCACGGGUCCAUAAGUUUUCACAUGGUAUGCUGUAUUUUCUUGCUGUCUUUCCUGUUUCUCUAUCCAGAUCUAUGCUCCCAUCUUUGCAUAAAGCUCUUGUGACUUUUUCUCUUUGCUCUUCAUACAGAUGACAGGCUUUUCAGUCUGGCUUUUUUUUUACUCCUUUUUCUCAGCCCUCCCUUGUAGCUGAAAGGCACAAGGCCAAAACAGCUUUGGGAAUGGUAAUCCAGUUUAUACUAGUUAAUGUGCAAGAACUGACAGAAUUUGGGGUUUUUAGGGAAAAUACUACUUCAAAUAUUCAGGAAGAGAAAACUCCUCAGUGAGUUUUAGUUUGUAUAAAGUUUGAUUAUGUAGCCAAAAAAAAUCACUUUUCAGGUGCUCCUAAAAACAUCAACCUUGGGAACAUCCGAUCCAUGUAUUCUCCAUUUUAGCACAGAGCUGGACCCUGGCCUGUGCAGAGCUAACAACAAAGAAGGGCAAAACCACACAGCGCACAAACGGCUGUGGACGAUAUUUUAGGGAAUUACAGUGAAAACAUACAAAUACACCCUUUCAAGAACCUUAUCAGCCCACAGGCCUGAGCCCCACGGAGCCUGCUGCUCCGUCAGGAAUGGGUGAGGGUCAGUCCUGUCGGCCGCUGAUCCCUUCUACCGUCCCACCAAAAUUUCUUCGCCUCAGAACCGGCGCAGCGCCCGGUUCCGUCGCUGACGCGCGGCCCGAGCCCCGCGUUCCGGGACUGGCCGCAAAAUGGCGGGCGAGGCCGAGGCCCGCGGCCAUCUUGGCGCCGGGACUGCAUGUCCCAGGGGGCGCCGCGGCGCGAGGGGCCGCCCGCCCGCCAUCUUAGCGCUCCCUCCCCCGGUGCGGCGGGAUUGAAUGAGUCGCUGCCCGCCCGCCUGCCAUCCCAGCGCCAUGUCAGGCACUCCGAGCCGCGGCACCCCUGGCGGGACCCCUCUGUCGCCGACCCGCAUCUCACGGCUGCAGGAGAAGGAGGAACUGCGGCAGCUCAAUGACCGCCUGGCCGUUUACAUUGACCGUGUGCGGGCGCUGGAGCUGGAGAAUGACCGGCUGCUGCUGAAGAUCUCGGAGAAGGAGGAGGUCACCACUCGGGAGGUGAGCGGAAUCAAGAGUCUCUAUGAGUCGGAACUGGCUGAUGCUCGAAGAGUUCUGGAUGAAACUGCCAAAGAGAGGGCUAGAUUACAAAUUGAAAUAGGAAAACUGAGAGCAGAACUUGAGGAGUUCAAUAAAAGCUACAAGAAGAAAGAUGCAGAUUUGUCUGUGGCUCAGGGUCGCAUCAAGGAUCUGGAAGUUCUCUUCCAUAGAAGUGAAGCAGAACUCAAUACUGUCCUGAAUGAGAAACGCAGUCUGGAAGCAGAGGUGGCUGAUCUGCGUGCCCAGCUUGCUAAGGCUGAAGAUGGCCAUGCUGUGGCAAAGAAGCAGUUGGAGAAGGAGACACUUAUGCGUGUGGACCUGGAAAAUAGGUGCCAGAGUUUGCAAGAGGAUCUGGACUUCAGGAAGAAUGUAUUUGAGGAGGAAAUAAGGGAAACGAGAAAACGACAUGAACAUCGUUUGAUUGAGGUGGACACAAGCCGCCAGCAGGAGUAUGAGUCCAAAAUGACUCAGGCUCUGGAGGAUCUGCGAAAUCAACAUGAUGAACAAGUCAAACUGUAUAAGAUGGAGCUGGAGCAGACCUAUCAGGCUAAGCUUGAGAAUGCCAAAUUGUCCUCUGACCAAAAUGACAAAGCUGCUGGUGCAGCUCGAGAGGAGCUGAAGGAGGCUCGCAUGAGGAUAGAAGCUCUCAGCUACCAGCUUUCUGGUCUUCAGAAACAGGCCAGUGCAGCAGAAGAUCGCAUUCGGGAGCUGGAGGAAAUGAUGGCUGGUGAGCGGGAGAAGUUUAGGAAGAUGCUGGAUGCAAAGGAGAGGGAAAUGACUGACAUGAGGGACCAGAUGCAGCUUCAGCUUACGGAGUACCAAGAGCUGCUUGAUGUUAAAUUAGCACUGGACAUGGAGAUCAGUGCUUACCGGAAACUCCUGGAAGGAGAAGAGGAAAGGUUGAAACUCUCCCCAAGUCCCUCCUCACGUGUCACAGUCUCUCGAGCUACCUCCAGCAGCAGCAGCAGCAGCACUUCACUUGUUCGCUCUUCCCGAGGCAAGAGAAAACGUAUUGAAGCAGAGGAGCUUUCCGGCAGUGGAACAAGUGGCAUUGGUACGGGAAGUAUCAGUGGCAGCAGCAGUAGCAGUAGCUUUCAAAUGUCUCAGCAAGCUUCAGCUACAGGAAGUAUCAGCAUAGAAGAGAUAGACCUGGAGGGAAAAUAUGUUCAGCUUAAGAACAACUCAGAGAAGGAUCAGUCCUUGGGUAACUGGAGACUGAAAAGACAAAUUGGAGAUGGAGACGAAAUUGCUUACAAAUUUACUCCUAAGUAUGUCCUCAGAGCUGGGCAGACUGUUACAAUCUGGGGUGCAGAUGCAGGCGUAUCUCACAGCCCCCCUUCUGUUCUCGUGUGGAAGAACCAAGGCAGCUGGGGCACUGGUGGAAAUAUCCGCACAUACCUCGUCAACUCUGAAGGAGAGGAAGUUGCAGUGAGAAGCGUUACUAAAUCAGUAGUUGUGCGUGAGAAUGAAGAGGAAGAAGACGAAACAGAAUAUGGAGAGGAAGACCUUUUCAACCAACAGGGCGAUCCCAGAACAACCUCUAGAGGAUGCGCAGUGAUGUGAAAAAAGAAGAGAGAAACUAUGAUUUGCGCUUUUCCCCUUCAUUUAUUUCCUUUUAUUUUUGCUAUUUUUUUCCUUCCAGAGCCACUGAAAACUAUUUUUAUAUACAUCACCUGAUUUCUUUGAAGUUUACUCCUUGGUACAUUUUUAUAAAAAAAAAAAACCAAAAAAAAAAACCAACUUUACUGAACAAAAACUGCCGGGAUUUUUAAUAGAUUUCUUUAUUUUUCCCUCUUUGUUGAAACACUAUAUUGGAAUACAAUAUUUUUCCCCAUAUAGAAUAUAAAGUCUUACAUAGAAACCUAAAGCAGAAAAGAGAUUUUUAGCUAAAAUGAGAUGAGACUCCUUGAGUGUACGGUAAAUCUAUUAUUACAUAUAUAACCAGUGUAGCACCCCAAGAAAAGAAAGGUUUAAUGAAAUGUGUUCGUCUAGAGGGCCCUGGGAGAGAUUCACAGAGUGUUUCCUCCACAGCUAUAGAAUUUUUGCCUGGUAUCCUCAGCAAUUUCCAGCUUAGGAAAAUUAGACCACAGCUUCAUUCAAAGUGCUGCUCCACAAUUGCAGUGACACAGAAAAGCUUUAUUUUAGGCAUUUUUGACUCAGGACCUUGCCAUUGUGUCUUUCUCCAAGGUUUGACAGCCUAAUGGUAAAACACCUGGGUCUGUCACACCUGAGCUCUGUGUCAUCAUUUCAAAUUAUGGAGAGUGCUGGGUUCUUGUUCCUGAAUAUACACACCAUCCUAAGUUGGAAAUGUCAAACUCAGAGUUGAAACUGUUUGAUUUUUAGGGGAUUUUGCCAUGGUCAUAAGUUAAGUCAUGGACACCAAUUGUGAUAUUCAGUAUAUAUGAUUUAAUUAUUUUGACAUAUUCAGCUUUAAAAAUAUUUGAUUAAGAUUUUAGAAGUAAAACAUAUUUAUACUUUUGAGAAUGAUAAAUAUUGGGGAUUUCCAAGGUUAUCCCAUGUAAACGUUGACCUUUUUAAUCAGAACUAGAUAUAGCUUGUUCAUACUUCUCUUAGGUUCAAAGGGGCAUUGUCAGGUAUCUGAAGGAGCAAUAUUUGCAAAAUAGAGAAGAAAUAGUUUAAUGACUUUUAAACAGUUCAAAGGAACUGCCUCUGUUAAGGACAUAAGUGACAAUGUUCAAGUCCUCAAGGCAAAGUCUUACAAGGAGUGAAGGGAGAAUAAUGUUUUUUAUAAAAAAUGCAUUGCAUGGGUAGCAGGUGAUUUUUAUAUUAAUAGGAUGUGUUUUUUAUCUGACAGUGUCCAUUUAGCUUAAGGUUUCUGCCACUGCAUUUCUCUGGAGAUAACACUGAGUCAUUUUAGGGUGAGUGUUCAUCUUUAAGCAUGAGUGAAAAUACUUGACUGCUCCAAAGAAUGCAAAUGUUUUUUCAACUACUAGUUGAAAAACAAACUUAGUAGUUUGGAUACAUAAUUUGGAUACCAUUUGAUUCCAACAUAGAAUCCUUUUUAUACCUGCACUCUUGAACUCUGAUCUUGUCGUUCAAAUAGUUGAGACCAUCAGACAAGUGACAACGCUUGGAUGUUUUCGGUGGCUUUUGGACAUUACGUUCUCUGAACAGUAUCGUAACUGACAGAUAUAACCUAGAAAGUCAGUUUAGUGGCUCUGACUGAUGGCUUUGUUAUGCAAGCAGGGUGGGAACAAAAGGGGCUUUAAGCUUCAGGAUUUAUUUUCCCAUUUAAAAAUAAAUCAAAGAUGCUACUUUUCUCUAUUUGAGUGGGAUGACUGAAUUGCUGAAGUUAAGCUAAUAGACAUUUACAAUUAUGUUUUAAUCUAAUAUCAGAAGACCCAUUACAAAAAACAGGAUGAAGAUUUGUUUGGGCUGAUGGGAUAACUGCAUUGAUGUACUUGGCCAUCUUUCUGAUGUAAUUUUCCCACUCUGCUUGAGUAGAAGGUUAUAUAUAUAGUCAAUCAUGUCUCUCUGUAAGAUGUAUCUAGUGAAAUUAUGUUUCUCAGACAUACUGCUACAAUUACCUUUUCUAAAUUUGUUGUUAUGCAAAUAAAUGCAAUCAACAUAAAGUUAUUUUUGCAACACACCUUCCAACCACUGGACACCACUUUCCUUUCUGACCCACAGCUUCUAUAAUAUACUCACAUAGUAUUUGAGGGCUUUUUAAUUUUUCCCUAAAGAUCUGUAUUUGUCUUUUUUUACAUGGGCCAGUUUUCAGACUGCUUAUUCCUUUAAGAUUUUCCUGUAAAUUUAAGAUUAUUUUAAUCUUAAAUACUAAAGCAGUGAAUGUGUAAUUAAUUUACAUUUUUUCUGUGGUUUUUGGUUUUUUUGUAUCCUGUAAAGAAUGGCCUCAGAAAGGCAGCUCAAAUGAAGAAAAACCUCUUGCUACCUGAGCCAUAGUUUUCUGAACAGCUACUGUAUGGGGAAUAUGUCUUCUUGCAGCCUUAAGAACUGGUGCUUGCAGAUCUCUUGUGAUGAUGAGCACUGUGCCUUUGAGUAACAGUCUGCAGGAUUUGUCCUUAGAAUUGGAAUUGUGUCCUUUAACUUUGUAAACAGUUUGAUUCUUCAGGAUCAUGUUUAGAUAUAUACAGGUCAGAUAAACCUGUGAUUGACACUGUAGGAAAAGCCAAGUCAGAAUGUGGAUGAUCCUGUUACCACAGUGCUUUUUAAUAGGCUACUACAAAUAACUCCUGGCUGUGAAAUACAAGACACAGAAGAACUACUGUAUUCCAUGUACUUUUUUUUUGUGUCACCUUCUGCAACCACCAUCCUGGCCUCUUGCUUUUGAUGCUGAGCUUCAGUCUCACGGCACUGUUCCAGCCAGACUGGGAGGCAGUUUUGUGGCUUUACCAGCCCAAAAAGCAUUGGUUUUUUUGGUUUUUUUUUCUGUCUUUCCAAGAUUUCUUUCCAUUUUCAGGAUAUUUAAAGCUUUUUGUUCAAAUAAAAUUUAGUGUCUCCUCGCCCCUUUUUUCUCUUUGAUCCUGUAUAUGAACCAGUCUUGAUGAAAUUAUAGUAUGGACAGCAGUUCUACUCCAGUGCUGAUACCUGGCAUAAAGCUUGAUGGAGAAAUAGAUUUGACUUGUCUGGAGAAAAAAUGAUUUUAAGGUGUCUCUGAUGAUGGAAAUGAAGCUUUUAUCAGAGUAGUUACUUGAGCAUAACUAUCUAUAUGGAUGUUCUUAUUCCAGAGAUAUAAACUUAUUCUGGAUGAAAUAGUAAAUAGUUUUUCCUAUGUGUAGCUCAUAGCAGAAUAUAAUAUAAAAUACAGUAGGUACAUCCUGCCUACUUCUAAGCUCAUGCCACAUGAAAAUGCUUGUCUCAGAACAAGUCCAUCCAUCUGCAAACCUGUCAGGAAUGUGGUGCCUUCUGGAGUUAGGUGUGGCCUCAGAGUCCCUGGCGUUUCAUGCCACUUUUUUCUCCCUUGCUUCUGCAUUUGUUUCUUUAACUGUUGCAUUGCAGUGACAUACUCCAAGGAGUAGAGUGGCUGGGAUUCCCUUGUUCCUGCACAUCUGUAUUUCCUGUGAUUCCUUCGGUGCUGCACAGCUGUAUUUCCUGUUCCCCCUUGUUGUUUCACAGCUCUAUUACCCAGCAGGUCUCUGUGCCUACAUGGGUCUCCAGUGUGGCUCUGACAGAGCCCAUCAUUUGCACUGGCAUGUUGCUCACUUGUCUUUAGCUCUGUGCUGCCAUUAGAUGGACAGUUGGCUGCAUAGUCUAUGCUUGUAGCAGGAACCUAAAGUCUCAGGAAGAAUAUAAAUAUCUGCUUCCUGUGAUGUAAAAGCCAGCUGAGCAUGUGUGCAAGCUGGCAGUUGUGUGGGAAUUGUACUGCAGUGUGAAGCAGGCUGCAGUGUGAAAGAUUACUAUGUGUGAUUUUUGCCCUCGAGCAAUGGGACACCUCGUGUUCAGUUCAGGGAUCUUUCUGGGUUUUGUACACCUUUUUUUUUUUUCUUUUUUAUGCUCGUUGUGUAUAAAAGCCCUUUCAUUGCAGCCUGAACAGAGGUUGCAGGUUAGAAGAGACCUGUAAAAAUCCUCUCUACACCCCAGGACCUUGGAGAAUCUGUUACUUCUAUAUUCAUCAGAAAGGUUUUGAUGCUACAGGAAAACAUGCAUACUGUAUGUUCUAGAUCUCUUGUAGCCACUUUUCAUGUCUUCACUCUUAAACCGUACUAUCUCUUCUUUCUGUAUCUUCUUUUGAAAGUCUUAUCUCUAAACAAAGGCAUAUUCAUAUUUGAUCCUGCAUUUUAUUGACACUUUUGGGUCCAAACUGUGUGAGCAAAGCCUUGUGAACCAGUGAGCGGAAGGUGAGAUAGUGAUUGCAUUUUUCAAAGCACUGUUUUAGCUGAAUGUCAGGACAAAUUAUAUUGGAGAGAUUGUUUUCGCAUUUUAAAUGGCCUGGGAAACAGAAUUUUUAUUUGCCCUUCAAUAUGCUUAGCUUUAAACCAGUUUAAAAUUAUUUAAAGGUGUUUCUUGUUUUUUUUUUUAAUACAAGACCAUAUUUACAUGCAAUUAUUAUUUGUAAACAUGCCUUUCUUGAAAUGCUAAGGUCUAGAAUGAAAAAAAAUGUGAAAGCCUCCAUUCAGAAUAGCAGUGAAUUGGCGUGGAGUUCCAGAAAAUAAGAUGUUGUUUAGUGAACUUCCAGAUUUUCUAGUUAGCUAUUACUGAAGUGACAAGUCCAUCUUGGUAAUGCAGAUGUUAUUGUAUAUUCAGCUACCCAGAUCAUUACACUAAAAUUAGAAGCAAUAAUCUAUUUUGAGCAAGUUUAAGCCAAAAUGCUUUCCAUUUAGGCAGAAAAUACAGUUCAUCUAUUAUUUUCAUAGCAGAGAUGCCUUGUGACUUGAAUUGCGAUUUUUAUUUUUAAAAAUUUUUAAACAAAAUUUUGACUUAAGAUAGCUCUGGCUUGAGGGCACUGCAGUAACCACAUCCCGUCAGCUGCUGCCGAUGACUUUUUGGAAGGUUCAGGUGUUUUAAAUAGGGAAUUAUGAAAAAAGUUAACAGAAACACAAAGGCAAUGAAACAAUGAAAGUGUUUACUUGAAACUUAGAAAAACUACAUUAUGACCUAGACUUUAUCAUUUCAAAGUGGUUGGUUUUUUUCUUCUUAGAAUAUGCAUGCCAAAUGUCUUGUCUUUUUCAAUGAUUUGUAAUAUACAUUUUAUGACUGGAAACUUUUUGUACAACACACUCGAAUAAAUGUUUUGCAUUUUA